UAUAACCUGCGCUAAAUGGAACGCAGCCGCAGUCAGUCUGGUUCCUGUUAUUCAGCUCUUGUAGUGCUAACUGUGUAGCAGAAUAACUUUAACAAAGUUGCUCCUCAUAACUGUGGUAUCCUUCUUAGUCGCAGAAAUAGUUCGCAUUAAAACGGAGUGAACAAAAUGCCCGCGGUCUCUAAAGGGGAUGGAAUGCGUGGUUUGGCUGUGUUCAUUUCAGACAUCAGGAACUGUAAAAGUAAGGAGGCAGAAGUGAAGAGGAUAAACAAAGAGCUAGCCAACAUCCGUUCCAAAUUUAAAGGAGACAAGGCUUUGGAUGGCUACAGUAAAAAGAAAUAUGUGUGCAAACUGCUCUUCAUCUUCCUUCUGGGCCAUGAUAUCGACUUUGGUCACAUGGAGGCUGUCAACCUGCUUAGCUCCAACAAAUACACCGAAAAGCAAAUUGGUUACUUGUUCAUCUCCGUGCUGGUGAACUCCAACAGUGACCUCAUCCGUCUGAUCAACAAUGCCAUCAAGAACGACCUCGCCAGCCGCAACCCGACCUUCAUGAACCUGGCCCUGCACUGCAUCGCUAACGUGGGGAGCAGAGAGAUGGCCGAGGCUUUUGCUUCGGAGAUUCCCAGAAUCUUGGUGGCAGGGGACACCAUGGACAGCGUGAAGCAGAGUGCUGCUCUGUGUCUGCUGCGGCUCAACAGGACUUCUCCUGACCUGGUGCCUAUGGGGGAGUGGACAGCACGGGUCGUCCACCUGCUCAAUGAUCAGCACCUGGGAGUAGUCACAGCCGCCACCAGCCUCAUCACCACUCUGGCCCAGAAAAGUCCAGACGACUUUAAGACGUCCGUGUCCCUGGCUGUGGCCAGGCUCAGUAGAAUUGUGACCUCUGCAUCCAUCGACCUGCAGGACUAUACAUACUACUUUGUUGCUGCGCCGUGGUUGUCUGUCAAACUGCUGCGCUUGCUGCAGUGCUACCCUCCACCUGAGGACACAUCACUGCGAAGUCGUCUGACCGAGUGUCUGGAGACCAUCCUUAAUAAAGCCCAGGAGCCGCCCAAGUCCAAGAAGGUGCAGCAUUCCAAUGCAAAAAACGCUGUUCUGUUUGAAGCCAUCACACUUAUCAUCCACCAUGACAGUGAACCCAACCUGUUGGUACGAGCCUGCAACCAGCUGGGCCAGUUCCUGCAGCACAGAGAAACUAACCUCCGUUAUCUGGCCUUGGAGAGCAUGUGCACACUGGCCAGCUCCGAGUUCUCCCACGAAGCCGUGAAGACGCACAUCGAAACUGUCAUCAACGCUCUAAAGACUGAGAGAGAUGUGAGCGUGCGCCAGCGAGCCGUCGACCUUCUCUAUGCCAUGUGUGACCGCAGCAACUCCAAGCAGAUUGUAGCGGAGAUGCUGAGCUACUUGGAGACAGCAGACUACUCAAUCAGAGAGGAGAUUGUGCUGAAGGUGGCCAUUCUGGCCGAGAAGUAUGCGGUGGACUACACCUGGUACGUGGACACCAUCCUCAACCUGAUCCGCAUCGCCGGCGACUACGUGAGCGAGGAGGUGUGGUACCGCGUCAUCCAGAUUGUCAUCAACCGGGACGACGUCCAAGGCUACGCUGCCAAGACCGUGUUUGAGGCCCUCCAGGCUCCAGCCUGCCAUGAGAAUCUGGUGAAAGUGGGUGGUUACAUUCUGGGAGAGUUUGGAAACCUGAUUGCUGGUGACCCUCGCUCCAGCCCUCUGGUCCAGUUCAACCUGCUUCACUCCAAGUUCCACCUGUGCUCGGUGCCGACCCGGGCUCUGCUGCUAUCCGCGUACAUCAAGUUCAUCAACUUGUUCCCGGAGGUGAAAGGCACAAUCCAAGAUGUCCUCCGCUCAGAUAGCCAACUUCGCAACGCUGACGUGGAGCUCCAGCAGCGGGCAGUGGAGUACCUGAGGCUCAGCUGCAUCGCCAGCACCGACAUCCUGGCCACCGUGUUAGAAGAAAUGCCUCCGUUCCCAGAAAGAGAGUCGUCCAUCCUGGCCAAGCUGAAGAAGAAGAAGGGCUCCAGCAAACUGCCCGACAUGGACGAUUCCCGAAAGAAUGUCAACGGCAGCAGCGAACAUGCCGAGGACGCUGAAGUGGCCAGCAAGCCUCCUCAGUUUCUGUUGGAAGAGCUCAUUUCCACAGACAGACCCCACCCCUCUUCUAGCGCCACCAUGCUCCCCACCAGAACCAUGGUUCCCAGCCACACCUUCACUGACAACCUGAGUGUGAACUCAGCCCCGUCCUCUGGAGCCAGCCUGCUGGUGGACGUCUUCUCUGACUUCAACAGCGCUGCACCCACAGAGGGCUCAGACGAACACUUUCCCAGGUUUGUGUGCAAAAACAACGGUGUUAUCUAUGAGAACCAGCUUCUCCAGAUUGGACUGAAGUCUGAGUACCGGCAGAACCUGGGUCGCAUGUAUGUGUUCUAUGGUAACAAGACCUCUACAAAGUUCCUGAGCUUCUCCACAUCAGUGAGCAGUAAUGACGUCCUCAGCUCUCAGCUGAAUGUCCAGGAAAAGCCAGUAGACCCACUUAUUGAGGCUGGAGCUCAGGUCCAGCAGAUCCUCAACAUUGAGUGUGUGUCUGAUUUCUCAGAUGUGCCUGUCCUCAACAUUCAGUUCAGAUAUGGUGGAACACUGCAGAACAUCACAGUGAAACUCCCUGUGAUGCUGAAUAAGUUCUUCCAGCCCACAGAGAUGACAUCCCAAGACUUCUUCCAGCGCUGGAAGCAGCUUGGAGCUCCUCAACAAGAAGUACAGAAAAUCUUCAAAGCCAAAAACCAGAUGGACACAGAUGUUACCAAAGCCAAGCUGUUAGGUUUCGGUGUAGCUCUGUUGGACGGUGUGGAUCCUAAUCCGACGAACUUCGUUGGAGCUGGAAUCAUCCACACUAAGACCACUCAGGUGGGCUGCCUGCUCAGGCUGGAGCCCAACACACAAGCACAGAUGUACCGCCUCACCUUGCGGACCAGUAAGGAGUCCGUAUCUCAGCGGCUGUGUGAGCUUCUGUCAGAACAGUUUUAGCUCCACACAGGGCCUGCAUUUUUACACGUUCUUACUCUCACUUCAAAUCAAAAAAAGGUGUAUUGUACAGUGUACAUUUUUUGUUUUAUUUACAUGCUUUAUAUCCUAGUGAGAGGGAAAAGUCUUUUUUGCACAUAACUCUAGUAAUGCCUCAUUGCUUUAAGCUGCGUGGUGUCUGUCCUCACACUGUGAUGAGGCUCAUGGUUUGAACUGGCAGCCUGAGGCGCCGGUACUGACAGUGUCUGGGUCGUUGGUCUGGGAGUGUUUCAUGUAAUCAUUCUGCACUUGUUGACUUAAAAAAAUUAGAUUACACAAGUCGCUCACAGAGAACGCCAACACUUACGCUGUUUGUUACAUGUCAUCUCAGGAGGAGCAAUCCCUCUUAUUUAUAUAAAAAAACAUUUUUUGUAUGUGUGGAUUUUGUUUCCAGUAAGGGAGUUUCCUAACACCCACAGCUGUUUUCUAGAAUCAUCUGACAGGAACUGUGAUUGAAAGAACAUGUUUAUGUCUAAAUAGAGAACUCCCAGGUCACUUUUGAGAAAUUCUUCACAGAUGAUAUGAUGGCCUAUUUCUAAAGGGAUAAUUCAGAUUUUUUUGAAGAUGGGUUCUAUUGAGAAGUUUUGAGCAGUCAGUGUGUUACCUGAUGUAGAUAAUUGUUAGUGUUUGUGUUUUGCACUGGCGUGUUUUUUUUUAACGACAUAGACAAGCAACACUGCAGCUAGAUUUUUUAAUGUCUAUGGUCUGAGCUUUUCACCUCUAGACACCUUAUGUAGCAACACGUGUACCAGAGAUAUGGCGUUUAAGCUUCUGCUAACUCCAAGGAGCUUCAGGUUGUUGGUCUGUUCUGACGGGUUUUAUCAGAGUUUUUUCCUGACUGCCUUUAAACUUUCAAUGGAACCAGCUUUUAAAAAAAACCUCAACUCUGUUUUUAUUCUAGAAAUGUUUGCUCAUACCAAGUACAGGAACUCUGAUGGUCGAUUGGAGAGGUGGACCGUCAACAGCACACUGUAACAGUUAUGUCACUGCCGUAUAUUAGACUUUUCUAGCUGUGUUUUAAAUCACCAACGUUGUUGGAUCCCUUUAUGCCUUUUCUGAUGUUGAAAUAACAGUUUCCAGUGGAUUCACUGGAGUUGGUUGUUGGUGUGAACAGCCUUUAAAGCACUGCCACGUUCUUUUUAUUUUGUCCUAAAGCAUUUCUUUUUAAUGUCCAUCUAGAAAUAUUUCUCCAUUAGUCACUGUUUGCUUGUGUCUUUUUAUAUUUGCUUAAAGAAAGCCUUUUAACACCUUUUUAAUAAAAAUAACUCUAACUGCAGCUCUACAGGAAAAUUCCCUCCUAAUAAUUUUGUGCCAUAUCUCAGUUUUAGCUCCACUUUUUUUCACCUCUCAGCUAAACUAGAAUCCCCACAGCUGCACUGUUUACGUGUUGUUGCUGCCUUUUGCUCACGGCUGGAUUACAAAGUGACGUUAACCUUAGAGGAGAGCAGUCAGACUACCUGACUUCUCUUGAAAUUAGCCUCCAGAUGUUGUGUGGUGGUUCUGAUCCAUGAGCCCAAAGCCUGAAGCCAGACCUGAUGGGCUCACUGUCACGUUAUGACUUGAUGCUGUAAGAAAUGUGCUGAAAACAGCUGGACGUUAGAGAACCAGGGAGACCAGUGACCUCUGAGUAAUGUGAAGCACUGCUGCUUUUCCACCUGCACCCCUAAACGUUUUCACAUACGUUGUUGUUUCCAACGUGAAUAUUGUUUGUUUUAUGCUGUGAAUUGGAGUUUUAAUGCCAUACUAUUCAUAAAUUGGUGAUUUAUUAAGCAAAUGAUGUCUGAUCAGUUUUGCUGUUUACUUGCAGCAUUUCAGCUCCACAUGUAUUGUGAAUUUAAUCAGCGUGUCGUCCUUUAAGUGUUGGUGAUGCUUAAGGAAAGUGUUGCCGUUACCCAUAGCCUCCUGCUGCACCCUACUACCACCUCACACCAGUUGCUCCUUUGUAAUUUUGCUUGUUUCCAACUCAGGAUUCUCAUUUUGUACAAACCACGCAUCAUAUUUAAAUGACUUUAAUAAAUAAUAACUACUAGGUCAGGAUUGUGGUGGUUUGAUCAGAGGUCGCAAACUCGCAAUUAUAAGAAAUGGAAUGUCACAAAUUACAGUUUUAUAAUUAUUUCUCAUCAUCAUUCAUUAAAAAUAGUUCAGCUAUAAAGGUGAGGUGAUGACCGAUGAAUUAGAUUCAGACCUGUUGCAGCGGGUGUCCAGCUGUCUUGAGUUACAAAUUCAGAAGUUGUGUGUUGCAGGUUUUGGUUUCAGUGAUUCACUCCACUGGUUUGGAGAUUAGCUGAAGCUUUGAACUCUGGGUAGGUUUCAUGUGUAGAGUUGCAUUGUAGUCAGUAAACUGGGUGAAAAUACUUUCUACAGUGAUGUUUGUUUGGUUGUGUUAAAGGUUUUCAGAAGCACUGUGAUCCAGUUUGACACUGAUCCUGUUUUUUCGUCUCUUCUUGGUUCUACAGAACACCAAGUGGAACAUUAGGUCCACUUAAUACUGCAGAUCAGGCUGAUCUGAUUCUGAUAGAGCCAUAUCACAUCCUCCAGAAAACACACACACACACACAGUGCCAGUCUGUUACUGGAGGGCCUUUUAGUGUAUUCUUGUCACUUUUCUACAUUUUUUCAUUCCCACACAGACGUUAUUUAAAGGGGCAAUAUUAUGUAAAUUAACUUUUUUAAAGCUUCACAUCAUGUUAUAAUGUUAUUCCCUCACCAUAAACACACCUGGAGUGUUGUCUUGAUUCUUUCAUGCAUGUUUGAGAAAUCUUUUCAUCUCCAUGGCAACCAUUCAGCUGUUCAAAACAUGUGGGUGGACCUAGAGGUACAACUCCUCCUCAGAGCUGCGAUUUACAAGCUUCGGCCUCACAGAGCAGCCCUCUGCCACUACCGCUCUACUCAACUCCUUCAAACUAGCCAGCAAAAAUUAGCAAACACCUGGUUCAACUGUGCAUUUGCUGAGAAGCUGAUAUAAGGAGCUCAGCCUGAGCUUAUUAUAUCAGCUUCUGCUUAGUUAAACACUGAGGUAAAAAUGUUGUUAUAGGGUUAAUGUAGCAGCCAUGUUGUAAUGACUUUCUGAAGGCAGAGGUUUUAAAGAAACGGAGCCCCAAUUUCAAAGCAUUAAAUUAUGAAGCCAAGUUUCCUUUAAGUCAUAUUUGAUAUGUAUUUUUUCAACAACUGAAGAUAACAUAGCUACAGGUGCCCCAAAAACACAAUAUUUUAAUGUUAGGAUUACAUGCAACAAUAUGUUCAAUUAAAAAUUUGAAAAGUGUGAUGUACAUUUGUAUUCAGCUCCCUUGAGUCAAUACUUCUGUUUUGCUGCAAUUCCAAGCCUCUACCAGUUUUGCACAUCUACAGAACGUUUGUUUUCCAGACCGAAUGUAUGGAUGUUUCCUCUGCUUGCUGAGCUUUAAUACAAAUACUACAAAUGUGAAAUUGUGUCAUGGAUUCCAGGAUAUUAGCUUUUUCAUUAAUAUCAUCUGACUGAACACCUCGUUUUUUGGCCAUGUUUGUCUUUCAGAGGUCAGAAUUCCUCUGAUGUUGAUUAAAUAUCAGAAAAAUUAGUUUCUCUGAUAGCGCCUGAUUACUGGGUUAAAAUCAACCAAAUCAAAUCAGUGUGGUUGAAUAAAACCGACCAGUCUGUCUGACAACUGAAUCAUUUUCAAUUUAAAGUAAAAAACAAGAAUUAAUCAUUUCUAUAUUGAUGUCAGCAGGAGUCCAGCUGAGUCCAGGGAGGCAACUUCUUUUUUAACUUUCAGGUUGGCAAACAGUUGCAUACGUUCACCUAAGGCCUACAGAACAAUGCCAAACUAUGUCUUUAUUAAAUUUCAUUAGAGUGCUGUUUUACUUUGAGCUUUAUUUUGUGCCUUAUCAAUAGAAUUCUGUCACCAUCUGUUGUGCCUGACAAAAAAGGGCUGUUUCUAGAAAAAAAACGUCAGGAUUUGCUCUUAUGUGUAAAUGUCACUGCAUUGUGUGAAUCUGAGGAUUUUACCAAAUAAAGUUUGGAAAACAAA